AUGGUAGAUGAUACCUACAUCAUAUUUGGAUUCAGCAAAUUAAAAAACAUAAGAAUAAGGAAAAUUAGUUUAAAUUUCUUUUUUUCAGAACGGUUGGAAAAUGGAAAACGUGUAAAUUUAAAUACUAUUGCGGGGAUUAUUGUAUGUAAAUAUUGUGGAAAUUUAUACACAAAACGAAAAGAAUACCUUUGCCACUUUUCUACAAAUCAUUUUAUAAAAUUGAAGAAAAUAAUAUAUAAAGCAAAAUUUCACUCUAAAACAAGUUGCAUCAAAAAUGAAGUAGCUGACCAAACUAUUCUCAGAAAUAUUGAUCAAGAUGCGGAAAAUAAAACUGAAAUAGUUGGACAUGAUUUGAAAACAGAAUUGCAAGAUAAGAGGUUUACAGAUAAUUUGCCUGGUCACAAAGAAAAGAAGCCAUGCAAGUGUGACAUUUGUUCGAAAACUUUUGCGAAUAAAAAAAGUUUAAAAUCACACAUCCGUCGACAUAUUGGAGAGAAGCCAUUCAAAUGUGACAUUUGCACGGAGUCAUUUAUACAUAAAUGCCAUUUAAAAUCACAUUUGCGUAAUCACACAGGAGAGAAGCCAUUCAAAUGUGACAUUUGCAUGAAAUCAUUUCCAUGGAAAACGAGCUUAAACAGACAUAGAUAUAUCCACACAGAAGAAAAGCCAUUCAAGUGUGAAAUUUGUCCGGAAACUUUUUCACGGAAAGCUUGUUUAAAUUCACACAUUUAUAGUCAUACAGGGGAAAAACCAUUCAAAUGCGACGUGUGUUUGAAAAGAUUUUCGUGGAAAACGAGCUUGAACAAACAUAGGCGUUUCCACACAGGAGAAAAACCAUUCAAGUGUGAAAUUUGUCCGGAAACUUUUCUAAUGAAAGCUUGUUUAAAUUCACACAUUUAUAGUCAUACAGGUGAAAAACCGUUCAAAUGUGACAUUUGUUUGAAAACAUUUUCGUGGAAAACCAGUUUAAACAGACAUUUGCGUAAGCAUACAAAUCCAAAGCCAUUCAAAUGGUAGUUCAAAAAUUUUUACGCGGAAAUUUAAUUUGAAUUCACAUUUCUAUGGACAAAGAUGAGAAGUCAUUCAAAUGUGGAAUGUGACAAGCAAGUGUUUUACAGAAAUAUAUACAAAGAGUUUGAAUCCCGAUGUAAUCGUUGCUAAAAACUUUUUCAUAGAAAUUUAAUUAAUAUUCAAAUUUUUAUAGAAACACAGGUGAAUAGAGAAUCAAGUAUGGGAUUUUCUGUUACAGUAAAACGACCGUUUUAUAAAAGAGUCUUUAUUGGUGCAAAACAGCUUUACAUUGUACAAAAGAAUAUCUUAUAGUUUAUUUCAGUAAUGUAUAGAGUAAUAAAAUCUCAUUAGGCAUGCAAAGAGACCACAGAGUGACCCAACGAAUAUUUAAGCCACUUUGAUUUUAUGCAAUCGUGUACAUUUGAAAUAAUAAUUAUUAGAACAUCUUUUCGUUGGUGUAAAUGUCGCCAUUUUAUUGCUAAUCUUAUAAUACCGUGAACAGUGUUGCCAGAGCUUGUACAAUUUUAGUGUAUUUUAUACGCUAGUACAUUUUUCCUUUCUUCUAAUAAAUUUUCCCCGCGUUCGCAAAUAUAAAGUUAUUUUAUAUUUUCGUUUAAUAAAAUAAACUAGAAAUUGUACUAGAUUGUAACAAUAAUUAGAAAACAGAGCCAAGUUGAUUUAUAUUUAGAUCGUGAGAUUUUUGUACUGCAUUUCUAAUUUUAUCGGUAAACUUUAUAUAAAUUUUUCAUCCUUAAAAUAAUAAUUGACACAGUCUAUAACAUUUUUGGAAAAAAAAAUUUAAUUUAAACUUAUAUUUAUACAUCUUUCUAUAAUUUUAUUGAAUUUGUUUGAAGUUGGUACAAUCUAGUACAUUUUCUAGUUCAAUUUUUACAUUCAGCUUUUAAAUUGUGGCAACACUGACCGUGAACACUAUUUACGGUUUAACAGUAAAUACAAAUAAAGGUCUAAAAAUUUUGGGUAAAGUACCAUUGCCCUAAUGGUGAAUGGUUAAGCUGAAUCUGAAAUAGGGUUGAAAUUAAUUAGAGGCACUAAUAGAAGGUUAAACUGUUAAACGCAAAACGUAACUGUAUAAUCUACCACCAAGUAAUCCGUACACAAUAUUUCAAGACCUACACCUAAUCUGAGCCGAACUGGACGGAAUUCCCCAUUUUAUUGCUCUAUACCUUUCUAAUAUAGACUAUAGACAAAAAAGACUUGUCAAUUGUUGUACAUAACCCAACAAUGUUUUAUAACUUGACUAGUAAAUAUACAUAAAUCUGUCUGUUCACUAAAUAAGAAUUGCGUUAAGAACAGCAUUAGCAACACGCCCCCUUCAUUUAGGUACAUAAAAAUUAUUUAAAAAGUAACACCUUGAAACGUUUUACCUUAAUGAAAGCUUGUAAAUCAUUUAAUUUAUCAAUUUCAAAAACUUAACAUAUAAAAUAUAAACUUAAACGUUUAUUUAACUCAAACGUUAAGUGUACCUUGAAAAUAUUUCAGGUUUGACGCUGUUGCUUCUCAUCGGUAUGCUUGGUUUCUAAUGUCUUAGCAAUUUUUAUUCAGGAUUUAUUAUCCUAGAAUAUUAGCACAAGAAAAGCAUUUUUGUUCAAUAUUUCAGACAAUAACUAUCCAAUGAAGAAAAUUUCAAAAAUACAAUUCAACACUACUACGAGAAACUGUUACUGCAGUUGCUUGUUUCUUCGAUUUCGAAAAGAUAAAAUUAUUAAAAAUUUUGAUACUUUGAUCACCAGAAACGUUUUUUUUUGUCGUUUAUAUCACUUUUCAUACUUCAGACCAAAAUUAUCUGUUAACUUUAACACUUUUGAAAUCUACUGAAACAGUAGGUUGGAUAGCUAAGGUCUGGUUCUCGACAUAAUAAACAUUAUAAGGGUUUGGGGCCAAAAAUUCGCACUAACUGUUUUAAUUUAAUUCUUAACUUCACUAUAAUUACACACAUUUUAUAUAAAUGAAUCAGCACCCGGUCUGCUCGCUUUCCUAAGUGGUUUUUGUUUUUAAAUGUGGCAUGAAAUUUAAUGCUGGCUUUUGACGGAGUGUGUUCAAAAUUCUCUUGCUUCCAUACUUUUAGAAUUUACGUUUCGUUCUAAAUUUCGCCAAAAACAUUUAAUUAGCCUCAGUUGAUAAACAAAAGGAACAUUCCUAGACUUGUCAGGAACGAAAUAUUCAACUAUACAAAAGCUCCAACCAUGUUUUUUUGCACAAUGAACAGUUUUUUUCUUCAAAAAUUGCAUUAAUCUAGACCUAACAACCUUUUUUUCGUAUAUUUUGGCGGUUGCACAACUUCCAGAGCAAUCACGAGAAGAUAUCGCCAAACAUACCAAUACUUUCGAAUUUAUUUCCUCAUCUCUCUAGUCAGUAAUAAAUCUUAUUAUUCGUCGUUUCACUCUUGUCGAUAAUGAUUUCCAAACCUUUAUCGGGCGAAAACUCGUUGCUGAGACUGAGAAAUUUUGAUUUUUGUUCAAUUUGUUGCUUCUCAGAAAAUUUGGGAACUGAUUUUCUUGAUUUUUGAACUAUAAUCUGUUACAUUAGGAAGUUGCUGAUUUCCAGUGUUCCGCGAGUUGCUUUAACCAAAGCUUGUCUCUUCUUUUUUACAAUUUUUGUUUCUUUGAUGUCUAAUCACGAAUCUCUUUAAAUCGAAAUACCUCUCGUAACGCGCCGAUAGAUAUCGUCAAUUGUUUGUCUGGCUAUUCCCAUUCUUACAAAGUACCGUAAACGAUUUUUUCAGAUCUUGAUUUUCAUAAGGCUUGGCAGUUAUUUCACGUCGCUUUUUUCUUUUAAAUUUUCCCCACUUGAAACUAAAAUUCUAACGGAGACGUAAUGUUUAUACUUGGGACAUUUGACAACUGCUAAAUUACGAGAAACAAUAACAAUCAACAAUCUCAGUCAGUGCCUAUACUUUACUUGCUAAGUUGUCUAAAAAUGUACGGAUUUUUGUCCCUACACCCAUAAAUCCAACAACUCCCCAUGGAUAAUUUUACAUUUAUGGCUUCAGAUUCACUGUUUAUAGAACUUCCGUUAUAUUGGACUUGAGAUAUUUUGCAAUCUUCCAUGUUGAUUUAACUAAAACUUUGUUUAUUAAAUCUUUUUUACUUAAA